CGCGGGGCUCGGGGAGGGGCCACGCGGCUGGCACUCCUCCCGGGGCUGGUGGCCGGUCGCGCUUGCAGGCGCAGAGGCGCUGGCCCUCCGGCGGGGCGCUCCGCAGCCAUGUGGGGGACCUGGGCCAUCCCGUGUCUGAUACUUACCUCCAUCGCUGGACCGUGGCCUAGAGGUGUUAAUGCUCAAGCAACGGCUAUCAACUCCAAAGUGUUGAGAUUGCGCAAGAACAUCACCAUAAGGGAGGCUGGGUGCUCGGAAGGCCUGUAUCGUGGGAGCACAUUCUGCUGUCAGCCAUGUCCUCCUGGCACACGGAAAGAGGGUGACUGCAAAUCUCAGGAGGGUAAACCAGAUUGUGCGCACUGCCAGGAAGGGGAGGAGUUCACAGACAAGGAGCAUUUUUCUGAUAAAUGCAGAAGAUGUGGAAUUUGUGAUGGAGAGCAAGGCUUGGAAGUGGAGAGAAACUGUACCCCGACCCAGAAUACCAAGUGCAGAUGUAAACCAAACUUUUUUUGUAACGUCUCUGAAUGCGAACAUUGUACCCCGUGCACCACGUGUGAACAUGGAAUCCUUGAGAAUUGCACACCAACCAGCAACACCAAAUGUAGAGAAGGAUCCAGCUCCAAACUUCUGUGGUUUUGUGUCCUAAUCCCGAUUCUAAUGUCUGCACUAAUAUGUUGGUGGAUGUUAAGAUGGCGCAGGAAUAAAAAGAAUGAAGACCCUGGAUACAUAGCCUCAACUACUGAAAUGAUGCCGAUAAAUUAUGCAGACAUCGACCUGAGUAAAUAUAUCACUAGUAUUGUUGAACAAAUGACAAUAACUCAAGUCAGAGAAUUUGUCCGGAAGAAUGGUAUCAACGAAGCCAAGAUAGAUGAGAUCAAGAAUGACAAUCUCCAAGACACAGCGGAACAGAAAGUCCAACUCCUCCGUAAUUGGUACCAACUCCACGGGAGGAGAGAUGCAUAUUGCAAUUUAAUUAGAGGCCUCAGAAAAGCUAAUCUUUGUGCACUAGCAGAGAGAAUUCAAGAAAUGAUCCAGAGGGACAUUACUAGCUAACUUGAAAAUGGAAACUUCAAACAUGAAAGUAAAAGACAAAGCUUGGCCAAAAGCGGAAAACAACUAACUCAGUCCUGAGUAUAUACGAGUCAAUAGAAAGAAAAAUUAGUGUUUGAAUAAGUUCUUACUAGCUGUGAACUGUAAACAUUGCUUGGCUUUUUAGAGGGUGUGCAUUUCAUGUGUUAGAUUUGUAGAGCUAAUAUGUUUCAUUUGUUAGAUUUGUAGAGCUAAUAUAUUUCAUUUGUUAGAUUUUAAUAUGUUUACAGUUCUAAAGUUCUCAGGAUUCAGAUCUCAAGGAUGUUGGGAAGAAAGACCUAGUUAAAAGGGUUGUCAUGUUAUGUGUGCAAAUUGCAUACAAAGGACAAAAGAUUAGGAACACGCUCUAGUAUCUAAUGGGAGGGUGUGGGUAUGAACGGAAUUGGUGUACGUGAGUACAAAUGUCUACCCGCAGGUUGACUCCGUUCAAUGAAUCAAUAGAAGCUGUGACUUUUGUUGCAAUGCCACAAUUACUGGAAAGGCGGCUUGGUUUCUGCAUUACCUCUCCAGCUCCAUGAUGACUCUAGAGAUUGUACCAUAUUUGUAAAUUUUGCAACUCUGAGAGGAGAGGAUCCAAGGCAAGCUUGCAUGUACAUCUGAAUGCAGAAUUUGAUAAGGGUCUAAUCUUUGCACAGAUCAUUGGCAUUUUGGUGUGAAAUAUUUCAAUUUUGAAUUCACGCAGGAAAUGCAGACUGACUUAUAAUGCUUGGGUAUUUUCUACUUGAAUGCCAUUUUACUGGAUUGAGAUAAUCCACUUAUUUCUCAGUUGUCCAGACAUUGUCAUCAGGAAAAUAUUAGUGGGGCAUUGUUGCUUCUCCGUUUUCUCUCUGAUACGUGUCUUGAUUGUACAUCCUCACAGCUGGAAGCGCUGUCUAAGAAACAUGUAAUGAUCCCCUAAAAACCAGGGCUGCCCGUAGAAACUUCUAGCCUGUUUUGGAUAAACUAACUGCUCUUCCAGAAGGUGGCUUUGUGGCAUAUCAGGAACCCAUGAACACACCAAAGUUGAUAACAUAGAUUCUUAUUUUGUCGUGUUCCUCACAAAAUGCUCAGUCACUCCCCAUGUGUCCCUCUUGCACUACAAAUGCAGCUCGUACACAGCAAGGGUGAAAUCAUCUUCAGGUUUUAAGGACUGCCGCUUCCCUGUCGCUUCUGAGACAAACAAGCCCCUCUCCCCACUGCUCCUUCCUCACUUUUUCCAUUUAAACACUUCUGGAAGUUUGUAUUAAAUAUGAGUCUUAGUAAAUACUAUUUAUAUUUAUAUAGAUGUAAAUUGAAGACGGGUACAAACUGAGGCAGAUAUUUAGAACCACCUAAAGAGCUUCCAUUGAUGGAAGAUCUCUUUUCCUUAUGUUUGGAAAUAUAAAAUAUUUAAUUAAAGUCAUGUU